GUGUAUGCGCUGCGCGUAAAAUAAUGGCGGUGGUCUAAUAUGGCUGCUCGUAAUUUUUUAAGAAGAUAAUUGUUUGGUUUAUUGACGAACUACUUGAUAUUCUUAAUUAAAUAUUGUGCUUCAUGUGAUGUACAUUGUGUCGUUAACAUUAGAAACACAGUAUUGAUGUAUUUCGCGUUUUAUGAUAAUAAAAUUGUGAGAGUUUAGCGGCUACCCCAGAAAAAUGGAGUCUAGUAUUACCCAAGGAUACGAAAAUGCAGGAGUUGUUUCCGAUGUAAAUAAACAGAUAUCUUAUGAAGAGAAUACAGUUGCUUACGGCCAGGAGAAUUAUCCUGUUGGAACCCAGAUAGUAGCCGAAGGAUUUCAUGUAGAAGGUGAUCCCUACAAUGUUUCACAUGCUACAGUUUACAACCCAAAUGAAUCUAUCCAGCAGAUGGCAUUUGACCAGCAAGAUCAAAAUCUUCAGAAUCUUCCCCAUGAGGCAUACUACACCUCCCAAGAAAUUCAGCUGCAAGAAUCAUGUAUUCCAGAACAACCUUUGGUACAAGAGCCUGCUGUGAUGAAUGCAAACCAGCCUGUUGAAGUAUCCAAUAGUGAAAUGACCAAUGAAAUUAUUACAGAAAUAAAUGAGACUAAAGAAGAGAUAAUUGAUAAUGGAACCAAUAAUGGAAAUGUAGACAAUGUUGAAACAAAUAGUAAUGAAAACAUAGAGAAUGUUGUUGAGGAGGAUAACAAUGCCAUUGGAACUGAAACAAUAAUACAGCAAAAUAUUGAUAAUAAUGAGGAGGAAUCUGCUACCCUAAAAAUUGAAGAUUCAGUUCAGAGUGAAGAAAUAUCAGAACAAUCUCUAAGUGGUUCAACGCCAGUUUCUGAAGAUAUUCUCAAUCAGAGUUCAGUAACUAACAUAACUGAAAGUGAUGCUGUACAAGAUACUCUUGAUGGUAGUUUAGUCACUACUGAAGACCUUGGUGAAAGUAUUGAAAGAGUUAGUGCAGAGAAUCAAGUUCUGGAAGAAUCUGUAGUAAGCGAGGAGGGAAUAACAGAUAUGUCCUUACAAAUAUCAGAUAAUAGUGUGAAUGCAGAAACUGUAGAAGAAUCUAUGCAUUGUGUUGUACCAGAAGCUACUGAGAUAGAUCUUCCUAUAGGGGGUGAUCUGAUUGAGUUGCAGAAUUAUGAAGCUGAGAACAAUCAACAAGUACAAGAUCACUAUAUCUUUACGGAAGAAUCUAGUUCUGCACCAUCUGUUUCUUCAGAAGGAAUUCCAGCAAGCCAGACAGAUGAUGGGACAACUACAAAUUCAGAUAAACCUACAAAACAAAGGCGGUUUCGUAAACCUGUACAUGACUUACCUAUGCAUUUGAUAGGACAUGAUAUAAGUAAACCAGUUGAGGUUGUCCCAAAUGGAAGGCCUUUACCAAAACCUAGGCUCGGUGUUAAGGUUCCAUAUCUCAACUUGACUAGUCAGAUAGUAUCCAAAGCUGAGCUGGAAGACGAGAUUAUUGAAAGAUCUAGACAAAAAGAAGCCAAUUCAAUAAAGACCAGAAAUAAGUUUGCUAGAAGUUUGACUCAAAGAUUGGCUCAUAAGAUAGCACCAGAAAAGAAUGUAUUAGGGAAAAAGCCGAAGGAAGAACCACUACAGGAUGAGCAGUCAGAUAAUGAAGAUGAUCCUCUAUGUCCAAAACAUGAACCAAGUCAAAUAUCUGCUCUAGAUGAUGAAAAAAUAGAAAAUGAUGACGAUUUGCUAGCUAUUCUAGAGGGUGAUGGGGAUGGAGAAGAUAUUCCAGUGGUCCAAAAAGAAAGUCAAGAGAAUGAAGCUGACGACAGCAACCUAAAACUCUUGGAACGUGAAAUAGCCCUUCAACAACUACAGGAACUGCCCCAUCAGGAGCCUACAGAAAAAGUAGUUAAGCCACGCUUCUCAAGAUCUGCACCUGCAUUGGUAAAGAAGGAAACUAAAGAGGAAAAACCCAAACCUAAACAAUCUACCCCAUCAAAACCAACUUCGAAAUCUCCGCAACAAUCAAAACAGGCAGAAAACCAACAUAAAGAGGAACAACAAUCAAAAUCCAAAACACAGUCUAUCAAAAAGUCGUCGCCUACAAUUGACUUACCAAUAGAAAAGAAAUCUGUGAAUAUCGAACCUGUUCCAAUAGAAAAGAAACCUGUGGAGAUCGAGCCUCAAGUUAAAGUCAACAUGGUGCUGAAAACUUAUUCUAGGAAAAGGAAACCCUCUGAUAUUCACGAUUUCGACACCCCAUCCCCGAAGCGAUCUGCUUUUGAAGAUCCCGACGCCAACCAAAUUUACGAAAAAGGCGAUCCACUAGCACUCCCUUCAGAUGUUUAUGUCACUAAAAGUUCCAGAGUCAUCAAAAAGAAGGUCAUUUGGGAUCCGGAUGAUGAACAGACUUCCAAACCCGCGUCAGUGAAAAUAGUUGACACUACCAAAGUUUAUGGCGCCAAGACUGAGAAGAGUGACAGAAAGCAAACGGGAACUCCCACUGGUGACAAAAUUAAAUCUGAUCAGAAAACUACCCCCAAGUCGGCUGAGAAAAAUACUACUGAGAAGAAUAUCGUCAAGAAACCUGUUGCCAAACCGAAGACACCGCUUAAAUCAAAGAGAGGUUUAAGUGAGGUGGACAGAUUGCUGAUGGACGAAGGGGCAGUGAAGAUGCUCUACGAUCUGAAGAGCGACGAAACACCAACAAAGAAAAAGAAAACCAUCUAUUCUGUGGAACGAGCUGCGAAGGACAUCAUCAAAAAAGCGAACGUUCUUAAAAAUGAUCUCGUCCAAAAUACCGGUGGCGAAUCCCAGAAAACGUUAAGAAAGAAGGAAGGAUCAGGGUCAAAUACAUCUUCGCCCAUGGUUAAACCACCCCUUCAAGAACCUGUACCUAUUAUGGAGCGUAAGAUGUCAAAAGAUUCGACGAGAAGUUCGGUCCAUACGCCGCCCAGAUCGCCCACGUUUUUCGCUUCACAAACUUCGAUGUUGAUUCGAAGAAGGUCAAGCAGUUCUUUGUCAAGCGACUCUGAAAGUGACUCUCAGAAAUCUAAGACUAAAUCGAACAAAAAGACAGAAUCUUCCAAAUUGAGGAAGCAAAAGAAAAGCACCAGUAACGAUAACAACAACUCCACCCCAAAUAAAGAUACUAAGAAUGCCAAGUCUUCGAAAGAGAUAACUGCCAAAGCUGUCAAAGGAGUACAAUACAAAUCAUUUACUAUGAAGAAGUCUGGAAAGCAUAUUGCCAUAGAUUUACAUUAUAUCGACGAGGAGUGUCUGUUUACUAUUCAGGUUCUAGACGAGCUUACCACAGCUUUGAAGAGACUUGAAAAAGAUAAAGACUGCAAUGUUGUGUCCAUCACGUCUACCAGUAAAGCCUUUUGUCUAGGACUGGAUUACGCUUGGCUAGUUAAGGAAAACAAAAACGAUAGGGUCGAAAAGGCUUCAGUGAUGGCUGAAACUGUUCGGGAAUUUUUGCUAUGUCUCCUGAACUUCUCCAAAGUUCUUGUGGCCGGUAUUCAAGGAGAAUGUACAGGAUUGGGAGUGACGAUGUUGUCUUUGUUUGACACAGUUAUAGCAAGCGAUACAGCUACCUUCAGAACGCCCUAUGCAAGUCUCGGAUGUUUAGGGGAAGCAACAUUUUUGCUGACGUAUCCAAAUCUAAAUAGUAAUGGAUUGGCUGCCGAAUUAUUAUAUGCCCAACAGGUUUUGAAAGCGGAUGAAGCGUUCAGACGUGGACUGAUCUCAAAGUUGUGCUGGCCUGAAAAAUACAAGGACACGCUAAAUAAUUUUUUGACUUCAGUCGCAAAGGGAUCGAGACAGAGUCUGGAGGCGACUAAGAGAAGGCUUCGAGUCAACACAAGGGAUCAAAUAGAAGCAGCUAUCAACGACGAAGUCGAGAUCCUGAUCGAUCAUUGGACGAGUCCAGAAUGCCAGGAAAACUUCUCCAAACUCAAAAAAUAAAUAGAGCCCCCGUUUAUAUAUCAAGAAUAUUUGAAUCGUGUGGUACAAAAUGAUUUUAUUAAAUGUGAAAACAGUUUUCCAAAAGAACUUUUCACGUUUCUAAAAAAUAUUUUUUAUAUUUUCAUAAAUUAGUUAGGUAAGACUUUUAUUACAUCCUAUAUUUAGGAUUUUAUCUUUCUAGACGAUUUUUAGUAGGAUGUUCGUUUUGUUAGUUUAACAUAAAGAAAUUUAAAAAUUUCACAGACUGUUCGUUUAGCGCAGACAAGGAGUUCCCAAAGAUUGGUGCAAUUUUUGACGUAUUUGUUCCUGUUGUGGACAAAACGAAACAUUCUGGAUAAAUACAAUGUGUAUAAGAAAGUGAUGAACGGUUUAGAUUGUGUGAAUAGUCACAAUAAAAGUUAAAGAUAAUUAUAUUUAAGAUUAUAUUAUAUUCGUUUUGAUAGAUUAUAUAUUCUAUAUACGGUACUGAGAGUUGAACAAAUGACCGUACUCUACAUACUAACGUGAAUUAAGAAGGUAUGGGUUGGUGUUAUAACAGUGAUCACUAUGUUUUUAUCGUACUUCUUAAUAUAAUUUUUUCCUAUAAAUAAUAAUUUUGAUUAAUUUUGAGUUUUAUGUAACACAUGUUACUUUCAUAACCAUUAGUUGGUCUCUGAUUCUUAUGGCUACAUUUGGUCAACACUCGUGAUACAAUCUUCAGCAACAAAAACAGAAGAAUUGAUAAACAGCCAGUGUUUUAGGAAUGCUAUUUGAAGUAACUAAAGAGUUGAAGAGAUAAAUCCUAAAGUUCAGAGGUUUUAAAAGAAUUACUUACUGCAUUCUAGAAAAGCUCUUAAUGUGAUUCAGAUUCUGAGCUAUUCCAGGUUAAUCAACACACUUUGAAUUAAUUUUUUUCCUGGCCUAUUUAGAUUUUGUUAAAAUUUAGAGUAUUCAUAGUGGAUGAUUAGUUGAAGAAAAAUACAAAAUUUUAAAUUUUUAUCUCAAGCCGUUUCCGAAAUAUGGUUAUGUAAAGUUUUAAGGUCCAAAACACCGUGACAAUACUUUAUUGGAAUGGCUGUAGAAGCUGACCUGAUUGAGCUAGACUGCUGGGAGAGGUGUCAUUUUGCAGCAUUUUUAAAGCUCUUUACAGUUACAUAUACAGCAUGAUGAUACGAUAUACAAGUUUUUCUCAAACAAAUAAAAAUAUAAUUUGAUUAAGUUUUUUUCCAAAAAGUACAUAAUUUAAAAUUUUCAUAAUAUUCCUACAAAUACAUAGUACUGUUGUUAAUAACCUAUCAAAAUUUUAUCAUGGGAUGGUGAUGGGUUCAACAUAAAAAAAUAAAUUUCACACAUACAGUAUGGUGCAAAUGAAAGGAAUAAAUUCGUAAUGUCGCAAGUUGGCAACUUGAAGGAAAAAUACCGAAACAGGUCCAUUUUUAUUGUUAAAUAUUAAUUUUUUUGGCAUAUGCAUCAUACUAGUGACGUCAUCCAUCUGGGCGUGAUGACGUAAUCGAUAAUAUUUUAAAUGAGACUAUAGGUCAUGUGUUAAGGUAGACUUCCGCACCAAGCGACCGAGACAGGAGACCGCGACAGGCGACAGAUAGGCGAGGUCUCCCCACGACUGCUCUCAAUGCAAUUAUAUCAGGGUAGUUCUGCAGCCCGCGACCGAGACCAGCGACCAACUAUCGUCUAAUCGCGACCUAUCUGUCGCCUGUCGCGGUCUCCUGUCUCGGUCGCUUGGUGCGGAAGUCUACCUUUAGCUCAUUUGAAAGGUUAUUCAAUUCUCUAUUCAGUAAUAUGUAUAAACAAUAAUAUAAUUGAAAAUUACUAAGUUCUCGGGAAGAUAUAUAAAUAAUAUAAUUAUUUAUACAGGGUAGCAAAAAGUUUUUUUAAAUUAAAUUAAUUGACAAAAAAAGAAGAAUGUAUGUAAUUUAUUUAAUUUAAAAUAAAAUUUGCUGUUGCCAGAAACCAAUAUAUUACAUACAUUCUUCUUUUUUGUUAAUUAAUUUAAUUAAAAAAACUUUUUGCCACCACCCUGUAUAAAUAAUUAUUAUGUUAUUGUUUAUAUUACUGAACAGAGAAUUAAAUAACCUUUCAAAUGAGCUAACACACGACCUAUAGUCUCGUUUAAAAAAUCAUCGAUUACGUCAUCACGCCCAGAUGGAUCACGUCACUAGUAUGAUACAUAAAUAUGCCAAAAAUAUACAAUUUAAAAAUAAAAAUCGACCUGUUUCGGAAUUUUUCCUUAAAGUUGCCAACUUGCGACAUUACGACUUUAUUCCUUUAAUUUGCACCAUACUGUAUGUGGUGUGAUAUUUUUUUUUUUUUAUGUUGAACCCAUCACCAUUCCAUGAUAAAAUUUUUAUAUGUUAUUAACAACAGUACUAUGUAUUUGUAGGAAUAUUAUGAAAAUUUUAAAUUAUGUACUUUUUUGGAAAAAAACUUAAUCAAAAUAUAUUUUUUUUAAAUGAAGUAAAAGACAGACGUACUCUCAUCUCAAUCAUUGAGAGUACGUCUGUCUUUUACUUCAUUUAAAAUGAACUCUCACAUGCAAUCCAUUCAACAUAUUUUUUUUGUUUGAGAAAAACUUGUUUAUCGUAGCAUCAUGCUGUAAUAUAUCACUGUAAAGAGCUUUAAAAAUGCUGCAAAAUGACACCUCUCCCAGCAUUCUAGCUUCAAUUAGGUGAGCUUCUACAACCAUUCCAAUAAAGUAUGAUCGGGAUGUUUUGGACCUUUUUGGAAAACUUUACAUAACCAUAUUUCGGAAACGGCUUGAGAUAAAAAUUUAAAAUUUUGUAUUUUUGUUUCUCUUAUUAGCCACUGUGAGUAUUCCAAAUUAUAAUAAAAUCUGAAUAGGGGGUGGAAAUUAGGUGUGUUCAGUUGAUAUGGAAUUGUCCAUCUGAUAAUAGCACAUAACGAACUGUUAAAAAAGUUUGGCUAUAAGUUCGAAUUUUGUUAUUUAUGCCUGGUUGCACCAACAGAUCUUAAGCUUAAGACGUGUUUUAAGCUCAGCUUAUGAAAAAUACGCGUUAGACCGUAUUUUCAGCUUGUCACAAUGGAUUUCCACGUGGAUUAGAUAGACAAGAAUCGAAAAUUAUGGUGCAAAGUAAGUUACACUUAAAGCGGUUCUAUCUAUAACCUGAGCUGGGUUAAGCUGGAGCUUAAGAUUUGUUGGUGCAACCAGGCAUCAUCGAUAGAUGGCAUCAAAAAAACAGUGUAUAUAUAUGUUGCCAGGGAUCAAGCUGCGUAUCAUAGUGUAUACACCUGUGUACAUGAGAGGUCAGAUUUGGUUUUGGGUGUUUUGCUAUUUAGGGCUUAUUUCCACUUUCAUUUUUGACUCUAAAGAUUUUUUUCGGAAUUUGUUUUUAUGUACUGCUGCUGGUUUCUUUUUGGAACUUAACUCUUUUACAUGAGAUUUUUCAUUGUUCAUGAAGAUCCGUUGGUUGUCUUGAAAAUUCAAGGCACAUCUUGUGCUUGAAAUAUUUCAUUGUGAUUUCCACAUGUGAUAUGAAGUCUGAAAAACUGUUUUCCUUUGACAUCAACUUUUCUUAGUUUUUUUCUCCUUAUUUUUACCACUCGUUAACAGUAAUUUCUAGUUAGAAAUAAUUAUCAUUUCUAUUAUUUGAGGUUUAUGCAACAACUGUUAUUUUCAAUAAUAUUUAAAUUAGCCCUUGGUUUAAUAGGGAACUUGCAUAAAAUUUUAAAUUCGGAAAAAUGGUAUAAAUCACUACAGAACAUAAUUUAGAACCUGUAUCAAAAAUAAAAAAGUUUUGUUUGUCUUUCGUUUGGCCCCUAAAGACAACUAAAAAUUCAACUUAUACCAGCCACCCCAAAACGCGUCGUGACGUAACGGGGUUGUAUGUUUACAUUCUACACCAAUUGUAUAUAUAAUUUUAAAUUAGACAUUAUAAACGUCAGUAGAAAAUACAGUUAUGUGACGUUACAAAUGUUUUUGAUCGUUUGAACUAUUCAUAGAAAAUUUGUACUUUUACAAAAUGGAUUUAUUUUCAAUAGUAAUUCUUCUUUCCUUUCCUUCAAAAACUGUAUCAAACUGCAAUCUCCACAAACUGGUAUAUUUUAUUACAAUGAUAUACGAUAAAUGUCAUUAGAAUAUAAAUAUUUUUCCUUUAUUCCCCGACGACGAUUUGGCUAAAUAUCCAAGUAGAUGGAGGCCAAUAAACUAAAGAAGAAGAAGAAGAAUAUACGUAAAUAUAACCAUAAACUGAACCACAUAGUUAAACUCUGUGACUUCACGGGUCGUGUGAACUAUUUUAAAAUAAAGAAGACUUUAAAUUUGUACUUCUAAGUUAUUAUGAGUUUUUGAAGCGUGAAAUUUUGGUAAUCUCAUUUUUAUACAAAACUGAACAUUAUUAUGUAAUAAAAAAAUGUGCAAUUUCCCUAUUGGUAUGACUGGAGUUGCCUGAACAUUAAUGAUAAUAGUUAACAUAGCCAGCAACAGAAGCAAAAAAGAAGAUGAAACUAAAUUACAUAGGCUGAAGAGAAUAUCAUGAGUUUCAUAAAUUUUAACCUUUUCGUUGACAAAUUAAAUUUCUUUAAGCUAAAAAUCUGAAAAUGCACAAUUUGGUUUCUACCAGAUGUCCUCAUUUGAGGAUAUCAUGAGCCAUUGGAGUAAAAAUAUUAAAUAUAUUUUUUAAAUGCUAACAAAAAACAAAAACUAAAGCAUUUUAUUCAAUAAGUAAUGUAUGGUAUCUUACAAAACAAUUUUUUUCUUUACUUAUACAGAGAUGAACAUUGAUUGCAUUUGUCGUAUGUCAAUAUAGAAAUGUCAUAUGAAAUAUGGGAUGCGUGAUCAUGGUGGGGAUACACGAAACUAUGCCAGCGCCCGUAGCGGCGAAAAAUGACAACUUUGGCGAAUAAUGAUUAAAUAAUAUUUUUUUAUAAUAGAUAUUUCGUUCGCUUACCUUAUUAUUGCCGUUUUGAUUUUUAUUAUUUAUUUUUAUAUUUUCAUACUGACUUUUAUCCUUCCCUGAUCCGGUGGUAUAUUCCUAUCGUCAUUUAUUUCCAUUUUGUGUUACACACACAUCACAAAAGUAAUAGUUCAAUAGGCCCAGCUAAUGUUAAAAUCUGGUAAUAAUAAUUCACACUGCCUAAUUGCUUUCGAUGUACACUUAAUUAAUGUUAACACCGACAACUAAACUAUAACGUAAAAGUGAACUUCCAAAUAUCCGUUUUUUUAAUUUGGCGUUUAUUUGACACUCGAACUUUAUAAUAAAUUUUAUCAAAAAUGGUAAAUAAAAAUAUUACAUUAAAGUCAAAUAUGUCAUAUGUGUAUAUGUUUAACGUCAAAUUGUGUUCGCCAAAAAUUUCAGCCGGAGCGAGUAGAAACCAAUAUUUCAAAAAAUUAAAUAUUUUGUUCAAAAGCUGUUAGAUGGCAGCACAACUACUCAUUGGUCGGAAUAUGAUGUCCAUAAUCGUGGACAAUGAGUUGGUAAAAACACAUGGAGCUACAUACAAAAAAUUAUAAUAGGUUGUCCUCAAUUGAGGACAUGGUGAACAAAAGGGUUGCAGUUCAGAAAACUAAAGAAAAUAAGGAAAUAGAACUAAGGAGAAUAUAACAUUGUUACGUAAAACGCUUAUGAAUGCACGAUAAUGCUCAUGCCAAUGAGCUAAUAGGUCAAGAUUCGAUCCUUGUUGUCACAAACAGGCUCAGUAAACUGGACAAGAAAUUGACACUUUUUUGUAACACGAGAAUGAAUUAAGUUAGGAUUCUUAUUCUAGAACUCAACAAUUUCGGUAUAGAAUGAGCAUAUGGCAUAUGAAAUACAAUUUGCUAUGAAAAAUACCCAGAUAUGGCUACCUUGGCUCUAUCACCACUUGAUUUCCAACUUAACUACAGUAGGAAAAAUGAAAGAAUACCCAUGAACGAACAUAUAAAACACGCUGUAUUUUCCUGUCACCGUGUCACACAAAAAAUUGGCCAGCGCAUGUACAUGUAAUAAUUAUUGUUGCAUGUACUUGUACUGGACAAUUUUCUUUGUGACACGGUGACAGGAAAAUACAGCGUGUUUUAUAUGUUCGUUCAUGGGUAUUCUUUCAUUUUUCCGACUGUAUUCAAUCUAACAUGCUUAUUAUAUUAUUCACUGAAGUAUUAAAUUUCUUUGUUAUAUUUCAUUGGAUUUCUUAAAAAAGACUGAAAGUUUAAAAGUUAACUUUUUAAUACACAUUGUAUACAGUUGAAUCUGUACAUAUAUUCUAUGUGUUUUUAUAGAUCGAUAAUUCUUUAGCAGAAUGUUUUGCAAUGAGAUUUAUACUCCCAAGAAUUUGUGCAUUGUAACUUUGGCGAUUUACGGAUUUUUGUAAAGUGGGCAACAUCGCAAAUUGAUUUUAGUUUUUGUAUCAAAUGUCAGUAUUUUUCAUUGAAGCUAGAAAGUAAUUGUUGUUUUUAUAUUAAGCAAGUAAUUUUCUAGUAUUUAAAUGCAUUGCAAAUCUUGUGAAGUUAUGGAAAAGAAUAUUUUUGACUGUUGAAUAAUAGGCUUAUAUUCCUUAUCAUUUGAAGAAUAUAAAUUUGUUUAGCAACUCAGGUUGUUUUAUUAACUAAUUUUUAUUCUUUGUUCAUGUGCAAAUUCUUGGUUUUCUAUGUUUUUAUGUUGGGACACCCACGUAGUAAUAAGUGACUUGUAAUUUCUAAAGACAUUUUUAUUUUUCGGCAAAUUCUCGUAGAUUCCGAUGAUGAUUCAGUUCAGAGCCAGUAAAAAUGAGUAUUUAUUUCUCUCUAAAUUUUAUAAAUAGUACAGUAGUUUAUGUUCACUUUAUAUGCUUGUUAAAUACUUGAUUUGUUGUUUUAUUGGAAUUAAUAAAUAGAUUGUACAUACAAA